AUGCCGCCGAAACCCACCAAGCCAUUCAACGACGACACGCUCUCAAUCAUCCAUGCCACUGUCGGUAUCGCUGCCGCCGACGGCGGGCCGGUCGCCGCCAGAGCAGUGGCCGCCGUCAUCGACCAUGUCGCCCAUUGUGUUGCUUCGGUACCCGCCGCCGAUGCACAGGUUACUGCGAAUGUGAUAAGUAAUAUUAUCACCAACUAUGUCACCGCGGCUGAAAAGGAGCCGGGGCUUUCCAUAGCUGCCAUCUACGAGCAGGCUCGUGACUGCGUACCAGAGUCGUCCAUACAGGGCGUUUCAAACGGCCUUCCUGAGGCACUCGGAAACAUUCGCCGCGCUCUAUCUUAUAUCGACACUCGGCUGCCGGACAGCAACCUUGCUGCCGCUACAAUCUACGCCGUCGCCCGGGUUACGAACUCGGUUGCGAGAAUAUCUAUGCGCGGUUGCGGGCGGGAUGUUGCUGACACAUGGUCCGACGCCGCCCGCAGAACAGUCAUCAUGCUCAGUGACGGCGUCAGGACCGGCUCCAGCACUCGAGCACUCCCCGACCGUGCUGGCGGCGGAUGCUCAAGCGCCGACACGGGCACCGGGACCUGCGAAGCGGUGCUGCAGACGGCCAAAAUACAGGCGGCUAUUGGUGCGCUCAGCAACUACGGCGAGAACGCGCAUGCUUUGGUGGCAUUGAAUGCAAUUGAUGCCGUAGCUGCCAAAGAUCAUCUUCCCCACGCCGGGGCGGGAUUGAGCGGUGUUACCAGGUGUACUUGCAACAAAAGCCUCGGAAGUUGCAAGGCUUUAUUGCAGGCGAACCGGCUUCGGGCGGCUCUUUCCGCUCUCUUGGCCUACAACACCAACGUCGGCAAUUACGAAGUAGUCGGCGGACUUUCAGCUGUGGCCACCGCCGCCGGCCUCCAACCUCCGCUCGAGGACAACGAAGUACCAUACCCGAGAUUGUGGUUGCCGCCCAGACCAGUAGAGCAGGGCCGUUCCUCCCUUGGGUAUCCGCACGAGUAGAUACCUACCUUACCUUCCUCCUCGUCUCGACAACCGAAGAGAAGGAACGAAAGAGGGAAAAG